AAAAUGGCACCUUUAGUUGCAAGGUGUUGUUUGGCAGGGCUUAGAAGUAUCCCUGUAGUGUUCAUAGUAGCUGUCAUUGUCUGGUCAUACUAUGCCUAUGUAUUGCAGAUGUGCGCAUGGACAGUAGAAAAUACUGGUGAAAAAGUGAUUUACCUUGUACUCUACCAUCCCCUGUUGUUUAUGUUUGCCUGGGCCUACUGGAAAACAAUAUUUACCCCAGUCGGAACAGUCCCAAAAGAGUUCUAUCUUCCCCCUGCUGACUUAGAAAGGUUUGAACAUGCAGAUAAUGAAGACAUACAAAGGGAUAUAUUAGUAAAAGUUGUACGAGAGCGGAACUUACCAGUUCAAUGUAGGACAAACUCUGGAGCUAUCCGAUACUGUGAGAAAUGCAAGUGUGUCAAACCAGAUAGAUGUCACCACUGCUCAGUGUGUGGAGCGUGUGUGUUAAAGAUGGACCAUCACUGUCCAUGGGUGAACAACUGUGUAUGCUACACUACUUAUAAAUUCUUCGUCCUAUUCCUUGGAUACGCUUUGUUAUAUUGCUUGUAUAUAGCAGCAACCUCAGCACAAUACUUUGUCAAGUUCUGGACAGGAGGUCUAGAACAAGGGGGAGGUCGUUUCCACAUCCUCUUCCUGUUCUUUGUAUCAUUCAUGUUCGGCCUUAGUUUAGUCUCCUUAUUUGGGUAUCAUUUAUAUCUAACCUGCAACAAUAGAUCUACAUUAGAGUCAUUUAGAGCUCCUAUAUUCCGUGGGGGACCAGAAAAGGAUGGUUUCAACCUUGGGAGAAACAACAACUUUAUAGAAGUAUUUGGGGAGGAAAAAAAGAAGUGGUUCCUCCCUAUAUUUACUAGUUGUGGUGAUGGCGUUAUGUACCCUACUAGACUAGCUCCAGGGAACUCAUAUAGUUCUAUGGACACCUCAACACCUACUGGAGCUACAAGUCCAUUUCAAAAUAAUAAAAGUGUAAAUGAUUCUGAGACGUUACUAGGACGACAACAAAAAUAUCUAGAAGAAGGUGUUACAGAGCCACCUAUUAGAUACCAAGAUCACAAUGGCUCUACUAGUGUACUCAUUAGCCCCGACCAAUAACCAAAUAUGAUAAUGCAGUGUUUGACAACCAAGGGGUCACAUUUCAAGAUGAGUUUACAAAGAUGUGAGAGUGGACACCCUGUAGCCACACAAUGAAAUAAUACAGGGUGUCCUAACAUGUUCACACAGCUCUUGGACACCCUGUACACUCCACACAUCGUCUAAAGAACAUUUAAGAGACACAAACAUUACUAUGACAUGUUUUAUCUCAUGACACAUAUAGUGCCCAAUGACAUACAAAUGACUAAAGACGCGGAGACAUAAGUAAAAUCUGUGCAAGUGGAACAGCUUCGAUUCCUCAAAUACUCCACUUUGGAGGUGU